UUUUUUUAUUUUAAUACAAUUUAUUCAUCACACUCUUUCAAUGUCUGUUCACUUCUCUCUCUCAUAAGCUCCUUCCUUAGGUUUUUCUUCGAGUUUUUGGUUUGCAACUCCAGAACAACAGAGCGUGUGCGAGACCAAUUCUGUGAACAGCCAUGACUGACUAUAUACAGGAGCAGGAAAUGGAAAUUGAAGCACUAGAAGCUAUCCUUAUGGAUGAAUUUAAAGAAAUUCAUUCUGGGGAGAGUGGACUUAACACUUCCAAUAAAUGUUAUUGUAUCACAAUAACUCCACAGGACGACGAUGAAGAUGAAUCGCCGUCAAUGCCAGUUGAACUAGCAUUGAUUUUCUCGCACACAGAAAAAUAUCCGGAUGAACCUCCGCUGCUUAAUGUCAGAAGUAUACGGGGAAUACCAACUGAAGAUCUGAGAACUUUGAAGGAAAAUCUCGAACAAGAGGCAACUGAGAACCUUGGGAUGGCUAUGCUGUAUACACUAGUUGCAUCUGCCAAAGAUUGGCUGAGUGGAAGAUUUGGUCAAGAUGGUGUGGCUGAUAGCGCUGCAGAUGAUGAAAAGGAAAAAGAUGAAGUUAUAGUACCUCAUGGAGAACCCGUUACUGUUGAAACUUUCCUGGCAUGGAGAGAAAGAUUUGAAGCAGAGAUCGCACUAGAACGAGCCAAAUUAAUGCCAGAUUCUGCACUUACAACAACCAAGGAAAAGAGGCUCAGUGGAAGGCAGUGGUUUGAAAGUGGACGAGCAGUUGCUGCAGCGAGAGGUACAUUGACAAGCAAGGAAGAAUCUGAAGGAGAAGAUGAAGAAGACAUCGACUUAGAUGAUGAUGACUUUGAAGAUGAUGAAGAAGAAGACAUGCUUGAGCAUUAUUUGGCUGAGAAAUAAGAUCCAUCAAAGAUUGCUCAAUAGUUUUUGGGGUAUAGAGCAAUAUCUUUGCUCCUUUUGGUCAACAUACUAAGCCAGUCAGAGACUUAUCGAUGUUCUGUCUGCACACUGAUCGUCUGAGGCAUUUAGGAGGCUAUUGCUGAGGUUUGCCAUUUUUGUCAUGUGGAACAGGAAGGCUAUAAUCAAUUUCCAUUUCGUUCAUACAAGUACAAUUUUCUCUACUUGUAAACCAGUAGUUCGUCUGUUGGCCUUCUGCCGAUUUGUUUAACCCGUUAUAGCGAGACACAUUGUUUUUAUUUUCAACACAUUUUGUAUCCAAGUAUUUUUGCAUUUAGUCUUUGGCAUGAGCCUUCCUGCUUCUGAAAAUGUACUGUCAAAAAGACAGCAGCUGAAAAUUCAGGUAAUCAGAUUUCCCGAGUGGAUGAUGAAUUGAUAGCUUGUA